GGGCAAAUAUUGAUCCUGACCUUCUUUUGGCUGUUUUUCUUCCUGCCCUUCUUUUCGAGAGUUCAUUUUCUAUGGAAGUCCACCAAAUAAAGCAACCCAAGCGGUAAGAGGUCGACUGGAGGAAGGGUUGGAUGAAUUAUUAGCACCUAUCUUCAAUGAAGAAGAGGAAGACCUGAACUUGGAUUCCAAUGAUUUGGGAGGAGAUAAUUUACCAAGCCAGAUAUAUGAUGAUUAUCUAGAAGAUGUGGAGGAAUUACCAUUAGAACAACAAGUUGUUGGUAUGGAGAAGCCUACGGAAUGUGUUGCUAACACGCAACUACAACAUAUUGAGUUUGUUAUUACAGAAAGACUUGAUGAACAUUGUGGAGAGGCUUUUUCUGUCAAAAACUUAAUCAAUCCAAUUAAGAAGUCAAGGUGGCAUUGGUUAGCAGUUGGAAUUUCGUUUAUUGCGAUGAGGAUGAUCAAGAAGUCAAAAGCUUACUUCGAUUCUUUAAAACUCGAGAGAUGUAUGCCACAAAUGCUUCUACUUGCUGGCCCUGGAGUUAUUAUUUCAACAUGUUGUCUUGGAUCUGCUUUAAAGCUCAUCUUUCCCUAUAACUGGGACUGGAAAACAUCACUUUUGCUUGGGGGACUACUAAGUGCUACUGAUCCUGUGGCUGUUAUUGCUAUGUUGAAAGAGUUUGGUGCAAGCAAAAAGCUAAGUACAAUAAUUGAAGGAGAAUCCUUGAUGAAUGAUGGGAUAGCAAUUGUGGUCUAUCAACUAUUCUCUAGAAUGGUCCUUGGAGAGAACUUUAACUGGGGUGCUGUACUCAAGUUUCUGACACAAGUCUCCCUUGGAGCUGUAGGCAUUGGUAUUGCUUUUGGAAUUGCUUCUGUUUUGUGGCUUGGAUUCAUCUUCCAUGACACGGUGAUUGAGAUUUCGUUGACAUUUGCCGUGAGCUACGUUGCUUAUUAUAUUGCUCAAGAGGCUGUUGAUGUUUCUGGCGUGUUGGCAGUAAUGACUUUAGGAAUGUUUUAUGCGAUAGUUGCGAGGACAGCUUUCAAGGGUCAAAGUCAACGAAACUUGCAUCACUUCUGGGAAAUGGUUGCUUACAUUGCAAAUACAUUAAUUUUCAUUUUGAGUGGUGUUGUCAUAGCAGAAGGUGUUCUUGGUGAUGAAGGCGUUUUCCACAACCAUGGAAAUUCAUGGGGCUACCUGAUUCUUCUCUACAUAUUUGUGCAAGUUUCCCGUUUAGUUGUUGUUGCAGUAUUGUUUCCCUUUUUAUGGUAUUUUGGCUAUGGUUUGGACUGGAAAGAAGGAACCAUUCUAAUGUGGUCAGGUCUUCGAGGGCCUGUUGCAUUAUCACUUUCAUUAUCUGUCAAGCGCUCUAGUGACAGCUCCUUGCAUCUGCAUUCCAACACAGGAACCCUGUUUGUCUUCUUCACUGGAGGGAUAGUAUUUUUGACACUUCUUGUGAAUGGAUCAACAACACAGUUUAUUUUACAUAUUCUAAAUUUGGUUAAGCGAUCUGCUGCAAAGAGGCGAAUAUUGGACUAUACAAAGUACGAAAUGUUAAACAAAGCAUUAGAGGCUUUUGGGGAUCUCGGUGAGGAUGAGGAACUUGGACCUGCUGACUGGCCUACAGUUAAAAGAUAUAUUGCUAGCUUAAAUAAUUUGGAAGGAUGUGUGCACCCUCAUUCUCAAAAUGAAAGUGAUGAUAAUCUAGACCCUACAAAUGUGAAAGAUAUACGUAUACGCCUACUGAAUGGUGUCCAAGCUGCUUACUGGGGAAUGUUGGACGAGGGAAGGAUAACACAGACUACUGCAAAUAUUUUGAUGCAAUCAGUGGAUGAAGCGAUUGACUUGGCUUCUCAUGAGCCAUUGUGUGAUUGGAAAGGUUUGAAAGCUAAUGUUCAUUUCCCAAACCACCACAAGUUCCUUCAAGCGAGCAUUUGUCCACAGAAGCUGGUUACGUAUUUCACUGUAGAAAGGUUGGAAUCUGCUUGUUGUAUUUGUGCUGCAUUUCUCCGUGCCCAUAGAAUUGCACGAAGACAGCUACAUGACUUUAUAGGUGACAGUGAUAUUGCUACUAUUGUCAUCAAUGAAAGUGAGGCAGAAGUUGAAGAAGCGAAAAUGUUCUUGGAAGAUGUUCGUGUAACCUUUCCUCAGGUUUUGCGUGUUGUAAAGACAAGACAAGUUACAUAUUCAGUGCUGAAUCAUUUAAUUGAUUAUGUACAAAAUCUUGAGAAGGUUGGGUUAUUAGAAGAAAAGGAGAUGCUUCAUCUUCAUGAUGCUUUUCAGACUGAUUUGGAAAGGCUUCUGAGGAAUCCUCUUGUGAAAGUUCCAAAAAUAAAGGAUUUGAUUAGCACCCAUCCCUUCUUGGGGACCCUUCCUUCAGCCAUCCGUGAACAGCUAAAAGAUUCUACCAAAGAAAUAGUGAAGUUGCGCGGUGUAACACUUUACAAGGAGGGCUCAAAGCCAAAUGGUAUCUGGCUGAUUUCUAAUGGCAUUGUUAAGUGGACAAGUAAGAGCAUAGGGAAUAAGCACUCAGUACACCCUACUUUUACGCAUGGGAGUACAUUGGGCCUCCAUGAAGUUCUAAUUGGAAAGCCUUACGUCUGCGACGUGAUAACAGAUUCGAUGGUUAUGUGCUGCUUUAUUGAAAGUGAAAAAAUACUUUCAGUUCUAAGGUCAGACCCCGCAAUUGAAGAUUUCCUGUGGCAGGAAGGCGCCAUUGUUCUUUCCAAACUCUUGCUUCCUCAGAUAUUUGAAAAAAUGAGGAUGCAAGACUUGAGAGCCCUUGUUGCAGAGGGGUCAAUGAUGACCACACAUGUAAGGGGAGAAAUUAUAGAAAUAACUUACCACUCUGUUGCUUUUCUAUUAGAAGGAUUCAUAAAAAGCCACAGCGUGCAAGAAGAAUUUAUUACAUCACCUGCCGCAUUGUUGCCUUCACACCGGAAUUUGAGCUUCAGUAACGUAGAAACAUCAGGUGCUGGAGCAGCCGGUUUUUCUCAUCAGGCAGCAUGGUAUCAGGUUGAGACAAGGGCAAGAGUAAUUAUUUUUGACAUUGCUGCAGUUGAGCCGCAUCGAUCUCAAAGUAGAGAACAUGGUGGGCUGAUGAGUUGGCCUGAACAUUUCUUCAUUGCACAACCUCAUAAAAAAAAUGGUGAUGGGGCUGGACAACCAGAAAACAAUUUAUCUGCAAGAGCAGCACAGCUCAGCAUCUUUGGCAGCAUGGUUGACACCCAUCCAUUCAGCCACAGUUUUUCGAUUGACAAAGUUAAGAGAUCUCAUAGCCUGUCCCAUCUGAGAUUUGCAUCGCAUCCUGACCCCCCAAUGGUUUCAGUCAGGUCAGAAGGAGCUACUACGGUGAAAAAGAACCCCAAAGCAAGAAUGUUUGGAGGGCAAGUUCCCCAACCCCCAUUGCGAAAUGUAGACACAAUGGAGGGUCAAGUCAAAGAUACUUCCAGUGAUGAGUCUGGUGCCGAGGAUGAACUCAUAGUGAGAAUUGACUCUCCAAGUACCUAGGAAGCACUGACUCGGAUGCGGGGACACGGGAUGCGCGUGCGGAGACACGAGGAUUCACAAAACCUCAAAGAAUCCUGUAUUUGAGUGCGGGGGACUCGACAAAUAAGAAAUAUUUAUAUAUAUUUUAUAUACAUAUUCUAGAAUUAUAAAAUGUAAUAUAAAUAACUUCAUGCAUAUUGUACUACUUUAAAUGUAAUAAAAGUUAAUUACAAUACCAUUUAUAAAGUAUUGUUCACACUUCCAAAUUAUAAAAUAUAUUAGUAGAAUAGUAGUUGUGGCAAAA